AUGAUUACUCAUACUACUCGUACUAGAUUAAUUAAUCGAAUUCUUCUUCUACCUAAAUAUAAUCAAUUUUAUCGAUUAAAUUCGUCCAAGAAUAAAAGUAAAUUUUCAUCAAUUGAAAAUUUCAAUAAAAAUAAAACAACUUAUAAUUUCGGAUACAAUUUUGAUGAUUUAAAAGAUUUAGAUGAUAAAAUCAAUCCUCAAACUACCAAAACAUCUUCAAAUGGAAACAACCAAAAAGAAGCCAUCAAGAGAGGGACUGACGACAACGAUAAACCUAUUGAUAUAAAUGCACUCAUUGAAAAUGAUCCUCGUUUACUUAAAUUAAAACCUGGUACACCAGAAUAUCGAAAUGAGUUAAAAAAAUUACAUUUAGAAUUUGAAUCAAAUCAAAAUAAACAACGGUCACGUCAUGAAUUUAAUCAAAGAAUGAAAGGAAUGAUAUUUGGAUUAUUGGCAUUAAUUGGAAUAGUAUCAACUCAUCAAAUAUUAUUUAAUUAUGAAUCGAUUAAAAAUCGAUUAUUAUCAAAUUAUAAUUAUCCUGAUUUAAAUGAAGAGAAAGUCAAAACUAUUAAUGAUAAAAAUGUUAAAAGUACAAAAUAUAUGUUGGAGAAAUUAUCUAAAGAAUUAAAUGAUGAGAAUUUAAAUCAAGUUCAAGAUUCGAAAACUAUUAGUGGGGUUUAUGUUUUUGGCGAUGACUUUGGUAAGAUCCCAUUAAGAAUCCCAUUUUUCAAUAAUAUGUAUUUGAAAGAUGCUUAUAUUGAAAAAGGUCAUUUGAUUGCUAUAACUGAUAAAGGUAAAGUUUAUGAAUGGGAUAAAGAUUGGUCAGAUGUUAGACCAAUUAAUUUACCUUUCAAUAUUGAAAGAGUUACUCCAACUAAAGAUUAUUUCUAUUUUUUAACUAAUAAAGGAGAAAUCGUUUAUAUACCAAGAAGAAGGAUUAAUUCUAAUUCAAAUUCUAAUUCUAAUUCUGAAUUUAUCCCAUUACAAAGAAGAAAUUGGUUUGGACUUUUGAAAACACAAAUUUAUAAUAAAUUAAAUGUGAAAGACAUCACAAAAAUAUCUUCUGGAGAUUAUCAUUUAUUAUUAUUAAAUAAACUGGGGAAAAUCUUUGUGGUAAAUUGUUCCAAUAAUCCUAUAAAUCGUGGUCAAUAUGGUCCAUCGUUUUCCCCCUUUGCCGACAUCAAAGAUAAAAUCCCCGUGAAUCAACCAAUUGAUCUUACAUUAUUAAAUAAUAGAAUUAUACAAACUGAACAAGGGAAAGCUAUUGUUCCUCGUGUUUUCAAUUAUAUUUCCAGUGGGAAAUAUUUCAACAUUGUAUCUGAUGAUAAUGGGAAUAUUUGGACUUGGGGUGAUAAUUCUUGUGGACAAUGUGGAGACAUUAAUACUACUGAUUUGAAACCAGUACCUAAAAUUGUAUUCACUAAAUCUGAUAUUAAACGAGUAUUAAGAAAUACUAUUCCUCGUGCUAGAGAAGAAUUUAUUCGAAUUAAAAAAUUAUGUACUGGUGAUGAUUCUUCAUAUGCUCUUAUUAAUUAUUUGGAUAAAGAUGUAUUAAUAUCUUUUGGUAAUGGUAUUAAUGGUCAAUUAGGUGGCGGUAGAUAUAUGCAAGUAUGUUGUUGGCCAGAAAUUGUUAAAUCAUUAAUUGGAUUGAAUGAAUUUGAUGAAUCUUCAAAUUCAGUGAAACCAAUAACUAUUAAAGAUAUAAGUGUUGGUAAUAAACAUCUUUUCAUCACUUUAAAUAAUGUGGGACAUCAUAAAGAUGUUUAUGCAUUGGGAGAAAAUGAAUCAGGUCAACAAGGAAAUGGGAAAAGAAAUAAAUCAUGUAAACCAAUGAAAAUACCAAAAUUGAUUGAACCAGAAGAUGGUAAAGAUAAAUUACAAUUGGUGAAAAAUUUACAUGAUGUGAAUACUAAAAGAUUACUGUUAUUAAAUGAAUGGGAAAUUUCUAAAAAUACUGUUGAUCAAGUUAUAAUGGCAGGAGAUGAUGCUUCAAUUAUUUAUUAUAAGAAAACCCAAAAAUAA